GAAACUCCAAGAAAAACAGUGUCUUGUUAUUUUCCUCACUCUUUAAAACCCCACACAUACACACACUCGUUUUCCUAACCCACCACCUACCCACCGAAUAGUCGUUCAAAAAACAACACACCAAACCGCCGAUAUUUUCAUUUUCCCACCGUAUCGGGUUUCGUAAUUCGCUGAAAAAGCCAUGGCCUGCGCGAAGCUCAAUGCGGCGUCGUCUCAGUGGAUCGGACAACAGUCUUUCACUCAGCGUCAAGGAUCGUCUUCGUCUUCGUCUUCGACUCGGUUCGCGACUCGCCGAGUCUCGUUCCCGAUCCGCGCCAAGGCUUACAGCGAAGAACUCGUCCAAACCGCUAAAACAAUUGCAUCACCUGGUCGUGGGAUCCUUGCAAUUGAUGAAUCCAAUGCAACAUGUGGGAAAAGGCUAUCGUCGAUUGGCUUGGAUAAUACCGAGACCAACCGACAGGCGUACAGGCAACUUUUGUUGACCACUCCUGGCCUGGGAGAAUACAUUUCUGGUGCCAUUCUUUUUGAGGAAACACUGUACCAGUCGACCACAGAUGGGAAGAAAUUUGUGGACUGCUUGCGUGAUGCAAAAAUUGUUCCUGGAAUCAAAGUUGACAAGGGCUUGGUUCCCUUACCAGGAUCAAACAAUGAGUCUUGGUGCCAAGGUUUAGAUGGAUUGGCUUCAAGAUCUGCUGAAUACUACAAGCAAGGUGCUCGUUUUGCUAAGUGGAGAACAGUAGUUAGCAUUCCUUGUGGCCCUUCUGCUCUAGCUGUUAAGGAAGCUGCAUGGGGACUUGCACGUUAUGCUGCUAUUUCUCAGGACAAUGGUCUUGUGCCAAUUGUGGAACCUGAGAUUCUUCUUGAUGGGGAGCACCCAAUUGAGAGGACACUUGAAGUGGCAGAAAAGGUCUGGUCAGAGGUCUUCUUUUACUUGGCUGAAAACAAUGUUUUGUUUGAGGGAAUCCUACUUAAGCCCAGCAUGGUGACCCCGGGGGCUGAACACAAGGUGAAGGCUUCUCCAGAGACCAUUGCCAAAUAUACACUCACAAUGCUCAAAAGGAGAGUUCCUCCAGCAGUUCCAGGAAUCAUGUUUUUGUCAGGAGGACAAUCUGAGGCGGAAGCAACCUUGAACCUGAAUGCAAUGAACCAAAGCCCCAACCCAUGGCAUGUUUCCUUCUCAUAUGCUCGUGCACUGCAAAACUCUGUGCUUAAGACAUGGCUAGGACGUCCUGAGAACAUUGAAGCCGCACAGAAAUCACUUUUGGUGCGUGCAAAGGCAAACUCCCUGGCUCAGCUGGGAAAAUAUUCUGCCGAGGGUGAGAACGAGGAAGCCAAGAAAGGAAUGUUUGUCAAGGGCUACACCUACUAAGCCUGAGUCUAAGGCAACUCAUGCCUCUUGGCCGUUGAAUGUGUACUUUCUGUUUUGGUUUUUUCUUAUUUUUAGCUGUGUAUGCUGAUGAGACUGUCACUAUUAGACGAGCAAUUUUAUUUCUUUCUCCCCCUUCUCAUUAAAGACUAGAUAGGCUAAUAAUACCUGUGAGAAAGGGACUGUUUUUUGAAUGGUAACGUAGCAAGUUGUGAUUAGUGAAAGCAAGAAUAUAUGAGUUUGUAUCCUUAUAUAGUCAUGGUCCUUGAAAUUUUAUGUACGUUGAGAUUGUUUCUUCUUGA